ACAGACCUCAAAGCUUCAGGAUCUCCGCAACACAGGGCAAUAGCAGAAUAACCAAGAGGAGUUCCAGUGGGAGCCCAGCACCAAUAGUGUAACAGAAGCCAGAAGCCUCAAACCAGAUCAAUGAACACUUACAACUGGAGGCUAGAGAAGUCUGAUGCCUUAGGGUGAAUGUGGGUCCUCUGAGUGACUGACAACCUGACGUCGAUAUGGCUGGUUUCUCCACAUUCAUCAUCUUUACCUCUGUGCUCUGUCAGAUCCCAGUGACAGCAAAAACUUCUGGAACUCUGAAGGAGAUGGCUGGUGCCCUUGGUGGAUCUGUGACCUUCAGUCUGAAUUUCACAGGAAAACAGGUUGACACUAUUGUAUGGACCUUCGAGACACUUUCUCUUGCCGUCAUAUCUAAGGACAAAGUCAUAGUGCCUCAAAAUCAUAACAAAGAAAGGAUAGUCUUCCCAGAUGGAAACUACUCCAUGACACUCAGCCAGUUGAAGAAGAAUGACUCAGGUGUCUACCGGGCAGAGAUUUACAGUCCAUCUCUUGGGUCUCCCUUCACCCAGAAAUAUGUGCUGUAUGUCUAUGAGUAUCUGUCAAGGCCCAAAGUCACCUUGGAUGGGCAAGACACCACGAAUGGCACCUGCACAACCAACCUGACAUGCUCCAUGGACAAGGGAGGAGAGAAUGUGACUUACAGCUGGAAAGUCGUUGGGAAGGGAGUCAAUGAAUCUCAUGAUGGUGCCAUCCUCCCCAUCUCCUGGAGAUUGGGAGAAAAAGACAAGACUUUAAUUUGCAUGGCCAGAAAUCCCAUCAGCCAAAGUUCCUCGAUCCCCACCCACGUCCAGAAUCUCUGUGAAGAUGCUGCCAAGGACCUAAAUUCACCCAGCAUAAUCCUAUAUAUCCUGCCAGUGUCAGUUGUACUCGGUCUCUUGCUGGCGAUUAUUCCUGUUGCUAUGCGUACAGAGAAAGGAAAAGUUUCCAAGGAAGACAUGGAGAAAGUGAACAUCCGCCAGAAAAAGCCAAACUUCUGUUCCCACUUGGAAGAGAAUCCAGAAUAUGACACAAUCCCUUACAUGAAUGAAACAAAUAUGGAAGAGAUAGCAGCAAACACACUUUAUUCCACCGUGCAGACUCCCAAAGUGGUGAAGAGUCCCAGCUCCCUGAUUGCAAUGCCACCUACGUCAAGGCCGUUAAGCUUUGAAAAUAUUAUCUAGACAGCGGGACUCUUUCUUCUCAGUCCAGCUAAACACGAAGCAUUCAUCAUUCUCUGCAGAAGUGGAAACUUCUAUCACAGACUGAAUGUAAAUGCCUCCCCAUGCAUUUGCAUACAGAUGGUGAAGGCCAGACUCAAGAAGUUUCAAAGAACAAUAACUCUUGGGGAUUGGCAUGGAGCCCAUUCCUAUUUCAUUUAGUGGAGAAAUUUGUUUCUAGACACCACAACACCAAUGCUGUGACACAGCCAUACUCCUUUUUUUCCGUAUUUAUAGUAAGAAAUCAAAACAAAGAAAAGAAACAGGAAGAUGAGGAAAAUAUGCAGUUUGAUAAACAGCAUGAAUGCAUUUAAAGUUGUUGGGAAAUUGGGUAUACACGAAGAAGCUGCAGCGGUUAAAGAGAUGGGCUGCAGUAAAGAGUAACCUCAGACUUUGCACUAGGACAGUAGAAAAGAAACACUGAGAGCAAGGCCCUGUCUAUCAAGAACUCCAACUAAAAAGUCCAUUUGAAAAGAUGUCAUUUAAAAGGAAGAAUGUGUGAACACAGAGCAUCCUACUUCAGUAAAUUAGGCUGGAAACGCGUUUCUCCAGAUUCACCUGCGUGGGCUCUCAGAACCUGUUGAAGCUCUGACUCAAGGGGGUGUGGCUCUACCCUGGACCAGCUGCAGAAUUUGGCAAUAUCCAUAUGCUGGUGCCUUUGCAUACAGGCAGAAUGUAGAAGCUAGAAGCCGCUGAGGCUUGCUCUGAGUAUAUAACAAGGUUGGUCUUUCUGAGUGGAACUGCCAAGCAACCUUGCAUGAAACUAUGAAGGCAAAGCCUAGGUUGCAGUAUAGACUCCAAGACACUGGAGCUACCAGGAACGUGAAGCAUCUGCUGAGAAAACUUCAGGCACUGAAUAUACCCAAGAAAGAUGUCAUGUGUGUUUUUGUUAGAAUAGAAUGGCCAUGGAAAAAGGCCUCCCCAAAUCAACUGGAAGCAGCCAUUGCAAACACCCUCUAAUGUAGACUGAGCCCCUACAGUCAUCAUGCCUUCUGAUGAUGGAUUUCAUCGCUGGAACUCAAAACCAAAAUAACCUUCUGCCCUCGUGAGUUGCUUCUGUCAGGAUUCUGGCCUCAACACAAGAGGACCAACUAAUACAGCUUCCUUCCAGAAUAAGCUACUUGUAUGCUGCUUUGGGCCCUGAGGUUCAUUGUUCCACCUCUGAGAACUCUUAUCAAACCCAGAGUCUGUAUUCCUUCUGUAAAUGUGACUGUGAAUCUGUCGGUCCUAAGGGAAAAAAAAGCCCAGAAAUGUACAUAUUAAUUAAGACCUCAGAACAAGCUCUCAAGUCCCAUCCUAUUCUAUAACUUGAGAUCAGAACGAUAACAGGAGACUGCUUACCAGGACUGACAUGUUCAGCACAAGCAGGUUUAACAGCCCAAAAUGAUGUAUUAUUAAUGGAGUUAACAGCUAUAUGCCAGGUACUGUGCCAAACUUGACUGAAUUAUUCCAACACACUCUGCUCUUGCUUGACAUUUCAUGAACAACUUUACAGAGAGCCACAGAAACAAUGGCUAUACAGUCCCAGAAGGCCCGAUGUGGGCAUGCAGGUGCCAGAGGUCAAAAUGCACAAGGAUAGGACAUCCAGCUAAAUCCCUAUGUUUGGCUGGUACCAUCCCCAUUGAGUGUCCAUCACUCAAAGCACGUGGUGAAGGACAAGGACCCCUUACCUUUACUUCACUUUUCCCUUGCAUGCUCCAAAGGAAAAACCUAAGCUCUGGGCCUUUAAAGGAGCCAAUUAUUCUCAAUAGAGGAAUAGCCUGAAUAUACAUGUUGGAUCCAGUCAAGGAGCUGGAGUCAAGUGUAGUUGAGUCUGGGGUUUGAUGUCUUGAAAAGGUUUACAACUGUUAAGAACUUAUGGUAGGUAAAACAGACACAUUCCUAGCCCCAUAGAACUCACUUUAUUUUUUUGGUGUUUUGAAAGAGACAUGGGAACACAUGGGGCAGUGUGUGUGUGUGUGUGUGUGUGUGUGUGUGUGUGUGUGUAUGUGUGUGUGUGUGUUUGUGCACGCACGUACAUGUGCAUUUGAUAUAUUUCCAGAACCAGAACUUAUAUAUCUUGUAUGAGGAUACUAAAGGGGAACCAGGAUUCUAAGGUUGAAGGACAUAAACUCAAAUAGUUUUAAAACAUGUUUUUUUUUUAAAAAAAGAGGAAGCACGUCUUUAUAAAGAAGAAGUAUCUGGAGUAAGGAAGCACUUCCAAAUAUAAAAUGGAAGCAAAAACAAAAAUAAAUCUACCAAAAAAAAAAAAAAAGAGGAAGCCAAGAAACUGGGAGAGGAGGAAGUUUGAGGCUGAAGACUUGAGGGGAAAUGAAAGCUAAAAAGCUAAAAAUAGGAUGCAUUUCCCAGUACAUGGCAACUCUGUCAAGAGCUAGCCUCUGCCCAGAGCUGUGUAGGCAUUUGCCCAAGGCACAGAUGUAAAUGCUAUUAAAUAUUACAGAUCACUGUAUUUAUUACUCUAAUUAAAAAGUAAGAUAUUAUUUAAAUAAAAUCAGUAUGUAUUAAGGGAGGUUCCCCCAAAGUUCUCACGAAGGUGAAGGGAAGGGCCCAUAGCAGCACUUGGAGGUGAGAACUGUCUACCAUGCAGCCAGGAGAAACCAGGGCUUCAAGCUUGUCCAGAAAAUAAUAAUUCUGUAAUUUGAUUCUUUUAAAGACAUUGUGAAAUUCACAUACAAAAAUAUGCAUUAUGUUGCAAUUUUCCAUAGACAAAUUCUGGAAACUCCCUAAGAGUGAGCCCAUAAAUAAGGUUAAAUGAGCAAAGACUUUAAGAGUAUAGGGUAGGGAGCUAGAGGACGACUCAGAAGUUAUAAGCACCUGAUUUUCCAAAGGAGUUUAAUCCUCAAUACUGAGAAGGUGGCCCACAAGCAUCAGUAACUCCAUUUCCAGGGCAUCUUAUACCCUCUUCUGACUUCCAUGGGUACCAUGCAGGCACAUGGUACAUAAACAUACAUGGCAGUCAAUGUCUGUACACAUAAAAUAAUGAAAUUAAGUUAAAUCUUAAAAAUAUGGUUUAUAUAGCCAAAUAUGUUAGACAUAAGCUUAUAAUCUCAGUAUUUGGAAGGCAGAGAAAGGAGGCUAGGUAUAAGUUUGAAGUCAGACUAUAUAGUAAGUUUCAAGCCAGCAAAGGUUAUAUAAUACGAAGAUCCUGUCAACAUUAACAAUUAUUAUUUUUUGUUAUUGUUAUAAAUUUACAUUUGUCUAAAAUUUUAAAAAAUGUAGUUCAUGGUGGUUAUGUGCUUAUAAUCUUACCGCCCAGGAGACUUAAACAGAAAGACCACACAUUUGAGGUCUACUGGGGCUACAAAAACAACAAAAAAUGAAGGUCAAACAGUUUUUAUAACGCUAGAAACUGUAACAGUUAUCAUAAGUGGGAAAGAUAACGUGUAGAAGUGAAUGUGCUCCGUGAGUACUGUUACACUGAAAGAAACGCCUUGCGUGAAAACAAGCCCCAGCCCAAGCACCACAUAACUAGGUGUCAAGGUGUGUGCUAUAGUAGCUGCCCUCCAGAAAUGUUGGCAGUGGGGUCAGAAAUUCAGAAUCCUCUGCUAACUAGUUCCAGGUCAGCCUGAAAUAAAUGAAACAUUGUUCAAAAUAAAUUAAGAAGGAAGAAGGAUGGUGGGGGAAGGAGAGAAAAGAAGGGGGGAGUGAGGUCAAUGCUUCUCCAUCCUUCAAUUAAUAUGGAGUGCGUAUAUUUCUUUAAAAAAAAAAACUAUGUGUGAAGAAAGCACAUUUAACUACUAAUAAUAGUUUCUGAGGAGAGCGAAAGCUUAAGUGUCUCAUUAUUUGUUUGUUUUUCUUGUGUGUAUUCAUUUUCCAAAUGCUUUUCCAUUUCAAAAAAAUGCGUAUUAUAUAAGCAGGAUGGAAAAAAAUUGUAAAUAGAUUUUCAGUGAGAAUAAGAGUUGGUGUCUGCUAAGAACUGAAGGGGAAACCUGAAACCCACCUGUUAAAAGUGUGGUGAAGGAAAAUGGAAACUGCCCCCCUGCGGGAGAACAAAGGCAGACCCUCCCACAGUGAUCACAGGAAAAGAUUAAUUUCGGUCAGGGCAUGACUUGCAUCUGUGGUGGGUUGUGGGCAGGCAAAGAGAGCUGGGCUUUAGAUUCCCCAAUCACCUCCCCAAUCUCCUCUGUCUGGGAACUAACUCAUACAGCAAAAAAUUAGGAUUAGCAUCCUUCCCACCCCACCCCACCACCACCCUCUCUUGCUUUAAUUAAACAGGGACUGGAGUCUAGGAACUCAGUAUUUCACAAUGGUGGGCUCAAAAGGAGGUUCUUUCCUCUUGAGCUCAAGCUGACAGCAAAGGAAACCACCAACUAGGUAGUGCGAAAACUCACACCGCUUCAUGGGCCCACCACAUACAGCCCUCUGAGUUAUGUUGUGUGCAACUUGUGAAAUAUGAGCCAUGAAUUCUCGAAUAUAGAAACCUAAUAAAAGGAAGGAGGGGGAGCAAGACUGUAUCAUUUCAAGAAGGCACUUGCUCGUGUACUGACACAUGCAUGCAUAUUUUUAUCUGUCCAACAGCACUACUGCGUACCACUAAUGUCAGGCACUGUCCAAAAGUACAGAGCAUACAACAGUGAACCAGAAUAGAGGUCUGUGCCCUCAGGAUGCUUAAACUCCAGUGAGAGGCCAACGUACAUACUAUCCUUCAAAUAACAUAGAGUGGUCAGGACUGGUCACCUACAAUGGAGGGGCUUACCUAGGACAAGGGAAUGGUCAGAGAAACUUCAAUUCAAUAUUGAUAUGAAAUCUAAAGAUGAAUAAACAAGAAGAGGGAAACAUAAAAGGGGCUCCUUGUAGUCAGAGAGGACAGCCAGUGCAAUGCCCUGUGACGAGAAGACCUGAAAGAAAAGAAGUUGCUGUGGCCAGCCCAUAAAGCUCUGUGCUUAUAGAACAUAGUUACAGUGAAAGAAAACACUGUAAGGGACAAAGCUCGAUGCAGGAUAACAUCUUAGAGGCUAGUGUAGGGGUCCAUGAGAAGUACCAGGAUGUGGAAUGGGGUGGUAGGAUGGAUGUGGAGAAAGAAAAAAGGUUUCAAGAGAUAGACCUCAGGGACAGGAGAUGUCUGCUCCCAGAGCUGCCCUGGGGGUGUGUUCAAUGAUCUAAGAGAGGAGACAGAGAGAUUCCCCUUUUCUAGAGAGACAAAAUCUGGCCUAACAGUCAUCAAGAUUAUGGGACUCAUUCGCCACUUUGACCUGGGAACCCAAAAAGAUUGACCCUCAGAGGAAAAAAUUAAACAAGAAAUACAUUAGCCUUAGCCAAAAUCAAGGCAUCUGAAAAUUGGAAAUGAGAUUUUAAAGGUCUGAUGUUUCUUGUAUCAAGGAUCAUCACUAGAAGAAAAUACCAUUAUUAGGUCUCAAGCCAUCCCUGAAAGCUAUCUUUCAUAUGCAGUGUUCAUCACACAAUUGAAAUAACCAGGCACAGAAGGGAAGCAAAACCCCACAAACAAGAACCUCUGAGUGGGGAGAGACAAUCCUGACUGCAGCCUGUAUUCAGUAUCACUUCAUACUCAGAGGAGAGGGAGACACUGAAAACUUCUUCAGUUCAUGAAUCUGUGGACAAAUUUUAUAGAUACCUUGAUUUCUAUCUGGAUUAAUUCUAAGUGAUCUUUGUGUUUAUCGCCAUCUGUCAAACUGGCAAACAGAAGAAAAGAGCAAAUAAACUGUACAAUUAUGUUAAUAAUA